AUGAAUAUAAAAUGGUUACCAAAUAUAUCUCUUCUUAAUUAUAAGAAAAACAAUGGAAAACAUAAAUUUGUGAGGAGCCGCAAGAGGUUUCGUACCAUAACAUGGAAAUACACCAAAACAAUUGGUCCCUUUGCAUCGUUUAUAUACAUAUUUAACCAGAGCAUAGGAUCAGGCCUAUUUGACAUUCCAAGCUUAAUAGACGAAGUAGGAUGGAUCCCAGUAAUUUUCGGAAACCUGUUCGUCUGUUCAGUGGCUGUUUUUUGCAGCCUGAUGAUAUUAAGAGCCAUGACGAUGAUACCGAAGAACAAAAAUUUCGAGCAGAGAAUAGAGUACAGUGCAGUUAUAAAAUAUUUCAUGUCCAAUGAAAAAUAUAAAUUUGUUUCCUUUCUCUACCACUUAGGAAAUUUAUGUAAUAAUAUUUGUGGAAUACUUGUCAUAUCAAAAAUAGUAGACAUUUUCAUUAUUAAAUUAUUUGGAAGUACAAUUUUAUUUCAAGUCUAUCCCCAGAUAAAGGUGUCGAAAUGCUCUCUGUCUCUUUUGGAUUCCAUGUACAAUGGUUAUUACUACUCCAGCACAGGUCACUACGAAACGGUGAUUAUUGGGGGGGUUACCAUAGGUUACAUCAUUAAUGCAAUUAUAUGUAUACAUUUAUCAUCCAAAGGGUUGGAAGAAACCAUAAAUUAUCAGUAUGUCGUUUUUAUGAUUUUUAUGACGUCAUUUUUGUAUCUCUCCGUUUCCUCCACCAUAUAUUUGCUGUCCCAAAAUUAUGUGGAUCAAAAUGGGGCACUUAGCAAAAUGGACGUGUAUAACAAUUUAAUAUUAAAUAGGGCUCAUUUAGAAACUGAUUUGGUGAAAAAUUAUCGCAAGUAUAAAGAAAUAAAUCAUGUUCCAAAAAAUUCCCAGUUGUGCACAGCUGAUUCAUUUUUUGAUCAGUGCCCAGUUAUGGACAAGUUGGGAAGAAAUCCCUUUUCAUCAGUAGAAACUAGCGAAAAUGAAAAGAUGGUUAGAAGCAAUCAUGUUUUGAGAAACUUGCAGAGGGAGGUACAAAGGGGUUCACUACAUAGAAGAGGCAAAGGAUUCAGCUGCUCCUGUCUUUUGCUAAACCCUUUGUACCAAAAGAAGGCCUACGUUUUUCGAAAUAGUAUUUUUUACUUCACCGUGUCGAGUUGCUCAUACAGAUUAAAUAUCAAAAAUGCUGCCUCGUUGCAGCAUUUUUAUUCCGUAUACAAAAUUUAUUACUCACUGAAGAGCAGCAGUGGGAGAGUUGCAAGUCGAAAAAGGGCCGAGUGGAGACACACCGAAAGGGGGGAGCGCAAAAGGGGAGAGAGCAAAAGGGGGGAGAGCAAAGGGGGGGAGAGCAAAAGGGAAGAACAGGACAAUCACAUAGGGGGCAAAUUUAGCGGGGCACAUUAUCCUAACAGCGGGGAAAAGGCGCAGAAACAAAACAAAAUGUUCUUUACAAAUUUGUACUACAUGAUAAGCAGGAUAGAAGGAAUCAAAAGCUACUGUAUGGGAAAAACCUUCGCCAAUUUUAUCGAUUCUUACGGGUUCGUGAGUAACAUCCCAUCGUGGGGAAAUGAAAUAACGGAUGAUGUCAAUGUAUCCAAAGCUAUCUGGCUAACAGUCAUUUUCAGCAGUAUUUUCUACUUCAUAUUUGGCCUUAUAUUUUGUCUGAACAAUUCUUUUCAAAAAAUUAACACCUCAGUUUUGUACCUCUUUAACUUCGUCGCUGUAGCCCCUAAGGUCAUCACGGGUUCUAUAUCCAUGCGUUAUGAUUUAAUGAAUUUGGAGAUAUGCUCCGAUAACGCCGCUUUUUUUUUCGGAUGCAUCGCGCCUUUUUUAUCUGCAUGGAUAUUUUCGAAUGGCAUGAUUUUCUCAGAUGCGUUUAAUUAUACAAGUCUAAUUUGUGGCCUCUUUUGUAAUUUUCUGUCUCCCGCAUUUGCAUACAUAUCAGCAUGUGAAAGAAACAAGUCCUUUUAUAAAAACCCAUUAAGAAAGUAUACAAUUGUGAACAGGAAAAAGACAAUCUUUUCCAGCAGUUCAGACAUUCGAAAGGCUCUGGGGAAUAUAAUCAAUACGUUUGACGACAAUGAUGAGGCGCGCGCAGUGGAAGACAGCGAUAACGAGAAGGAGAGGGAGUGGGAAAAGGAGGAGGGGAAAGAUAAUUAUCAACUGCAAUGUCACGAUGAAGAGCAGGAAGAAGAAGCGGCACUAGGGUACAGAAGAUCUUUUUCCUUAAAUCGGUACGCCAAUCAGAGAGAAUCAAAAUUUUCUUCCAUUAGCAAAAGCUCCUAUUUCAAAUUCGUAAACGGAGAAUGCAUACCGAAAAGCUACUCCAAGGACAGCACUGGGAAUGAUUCCCUAUCAGAGAGAAACUCAAGUGAUUUUAAAUUAUCAAAUAAUUAUGACAGCAGUGCGGGGAUAUAUGCACAUGGAGACACAGCCGAAGAGCAGCCACUUGGCAUAAACAGAGAUGCGCAAAAGGGAGAUGACACAAACAACAAUGCUUGUUUGGGAAAAAAGGGGAAGAAGAAGAAAAAAGGUGUAAUGUUUUCUGACGAAAUAGAGGAGUGCUUUUCACGGGAAAUUUUCAAGUCCAAAAAGGUUUUCAGUUCUGGUGAAAAUGGAGGGGAAGAGGAGGGUACUGUGGGUAGCGAUCGAUAUACUAAAGGGAGCCACUCGAACGAUAGCGACAUUUGUGGAGAAACAAAAGAGAUGUCCUUUUUGAAGCAACUCAGCCGAACAAACCAACGUGACGACACAUGGGGAAGCAAAAAUAACUCCUAUGAAAUUUUAGAAGAUGUUAAGAUGCAAAAAGUAAAAAAGGUAAAGAAAAAAUUAAUGUUUUCAGAUGAGGUUCAACUGUGCAAUGACGUAGAUGAAGCUGCAGAAAUGAAAAGGAAAAAUUCCAAAGGAGUAACAUUUAAGGAAGAAUCAAAGGAACCCGCUAUGGAGGAUGCAAAACAUGCGAAAAAGGAAAAAAAGGAAAUAUCGGUCUUGCUCAAUGUGCAACUUUGCAGUGAAGAAGUAGACGCAAGGAAAAAUAGCCAAUUUAGUAUAACGGUAAAUGAUGAAACCAUUCGUGAAAAAAAGGGGGAACAAAGAGGAAACAUGAAUCCAACAAAUGACACUGAAAAUGUGGUAGAAAAUAGGAACAGUGAGGGGCACAAAACAAUCCUAUUUGAGUACGAAAAUGGAGAAGAAACCGAGUCGGUGGAGCCUCAAAAGGGAGAGCCAGUUUUACCAAGCACUAACGAGAAUGAACAACAAACUGGGCAAAUUAACAAAAAGGGAUCUGCAGAUUUGCAUGAGCCUGUGGUGGACAACCCUGUGGUGGAUAACCCUGUGCAGGAGAGCGCCAACGAGGCAUGCUCAGCGCAAGUUUCCCCACGCUAUGAAAUAAGAAUAAUAAGUAAUAAUACGUGCGUAGCGAGUGGCGCAGAAAAGGCAAAAGGGUGCUCAAACGACAGUGGGGAAAAUUGCGAAAUUGACCUUAGCGACCAAAAGGGAACAACAGUAAAGCAUUCAGAAAAUGAACAUGCGGCCGGUGCAGACAAAAUAAAAGUUAAAGAAAAGGAGGAUAAAGGAGGAAACCUUCUUUGUGUCCAUUUCGAGGAACAUGCACAGGAAGAAACUGGUGCGACGUUGUCCGAAAAUAUAAACACAAAAACUAAGAACACUAUACAGUAUGAGCGAAAUUUUAGCGACUCUGCAAUAAAUUACGAUGUGAGGAACCAAAUGAAAAGAAGGGAACUGAAAGAAAAUGAUGUUAUAAGAAAAAACAGGAGUUUCGAACAGCCCGAACAAUUCUUUAAGCGUCAGAGGGAGAAACUAAAGUCUCACUACAAAUGCACCAUACCGAAUGUGCUAGAAAAAUUUGGCAAUUAUGAUGAUUUAAUAAAAGGCAUGGAUCACUUAGAGAGGAAGGAAAUAAACGGAGAAAAUUUUCUUAAGAGCACUUCAAACGGGUUCGAGGAAGAGAACGAAGUGGGUCCGUCUAAUCGGAACACCUUAGGGGUGGGUUCUACCAAUGACAAAUCCUUUGUCGAAGACACGCUCGUUGAAGAAGCGGAUGACGCGCUUAAUAAAGAAAACACAUUUUCUUCUUUUGAAAAGGAUGAUGCUGUUGUUAUUCCGAAUGUUCUGGUAGACAAAACCUGUGAAAAUGAAAGUGGUAGUGACAUUGACAAAGGCCGGAAUGGAAGUAAAAUGGUACUUUUUUCGGAGCAAAUCCAGCAGGUGCAAGUAAACAAAACAGGGAGUUUCGAUCAUGAAGCCAUGGAAGGAAGAACGUAUAGCAUUCAUUUGAGGAAAGAAAACUCCAGGGAUGACGAAAUUUUAAUUAAUAACCUGAAAGAUUUAAGUGGAGAGCAGUAUUUAAACAAGAACAGUUCGCAACUAGGGCAAUCGUUACACGAAAAUCAAAUGAGAGAUUACGUUGGGGGAAAUUCACAAAGUUUUCAUUUCGAUGAUGUGUUGGCUCCUGAAAAUUCCAACAAUCGUGAGGCUAACAUGAACAUGUGCAAAAUAAAUCUUCUAAUAAAUAACAGCAGCUACAGAGAUGAACGAGACGCUGUGCUUAAGCAUUCCAAGUCGGAUGCACUAGCGGGGGAGAAGCACCAAAACAUGAGUACCCUUUCAACAGAACAAGGUGAAAAUACGCAUGAUGAUCAGAAUUCUCCAUCUUUGAGAGAGCAUAAAGAGGAUCUGCUUUCAUUUUCAUUUCUAAACAAUUUUAACAAACAAAAAUGUGCAUCGUGUGAAAUUAUAUCGCUACCUGAACAUGCUCCUAUGGUGCAAAGAAAAAUGAAAACUUUAUAUUAUCAGGACUCUGUGAACGAGAUGGAAAACGCCAAUGAGGAUCUUCAUAAAAAGAACACCCUUUUUGUUAGGCAAAGGAAAAAAUUAAAAUCUUCCUUUCAUGUAAACGGGGAUAUGAUAACAGGCAAUCAUAAAGAAGCAAUACACAAAGAACAAAUUAACGAAUUUCGAAAACAAAUAAGCAAAGAAUCGUGCAUAUUUAAUUAUUACGAUGAUGAGAAAUGCACAGACAUAGCGCAAGGGGAGGCAUGUCAAAUGGAUAAAGAGAAGGUGGAUCAAGUGAUGACUAAAAACAAAGUUGCUGAAAACAAUGCAGAGUUAGAAAUACCAAUACUACAUAUAAUGAAAUCGUAUGAAGCGCAAACGGAAACCCCAAACGUAGAUGUGGCAGUGAAAGAUUCGGUGGAAUCUAAAUCCACAGGGAACCCAAGACGAAAAACGUGCUACAAAUUUAAGGACAUUUCGAAAUUGAUUAGUGACAUAGAUCUGUGUGAAUUCGAAUCUGAAGAGGAUGAGAUGGCAGAUGGGGGGCACCACAGCGUGGGAGACAAUAAUGAAGCAAUGCAGGGUGAAGAUAGCGCAGAUCAUUUCUCAACCCAAGCGAAUGACGCAAAUUUGGAAUCCAAUAAGCGUGUUAACUUUAACGAGGAAAAGGACACAUUCGCAGAAACCGAAAAGCCAGAUGUUGUAAAAGAGCUCCAAAGAAUAUACUCCGCACUGUCAAUUAAAUUACAUUCGGAAGAUCCAGAAAUGUGCACAAAUGAUGACCAUGAUCAUACGGACUGUGUUGAUUUUCGCUGUUUUAAAAUUAUAGACAAUGUUAGCCCCGUCAAACAUUACUACAAUGCUUUCCAUAGAAGUAAAAUUUUAGACUCCAAAAAAUAUGAUCAUAUAUAUUCAAACAACUUUAUGAUAGAUGAUAAAACAAAUAUGGACCACCUGUGUUCCAUUUUUUUGUUUGGAAAUCCUUUGGAAAGAAAUGAAAAAUAUGCGGAUGAUAAUGAUAAUAAUAAUAAUAAUGAUAGUAAUAAUAAUAAUAAUGAUAAUAAUAAUGAUAAUAAUAAUAACAAUAAUAGUAAUAAUAAUAAUAAUAACGAUAAUAGUAAUGAUAAAAGCGUAGAUGCAGGUGACGAACAGAAAGACACGACUAGCGAUGCUCAGAAGGAAAGGUUGAACCAAGAAGACAGGUGCGAUUCUACUGUUACUUUUGCAGACCAAAAAGAAGACACUUCUUCCACUUUAGGUUUGUAUGAAGAAAAGGGUCUUCUUAUUAAACGGUCCUUUUCUGGAAGUUUAGAAAGUCACAGUGAAAUACUGAAGAGAUGUAUAUUUGAAAAAAGUGACCUAAGCGGCAGCGGCGUUCUUUCUCGAAGGAAACCCAACUUAAAAUUUAGCCUCAAUGAGGAAAUUAUAAACACGGAGGUAUCAAAAAAAAGGAAAAGCCAAAUAAAACAUGUAAAGCUUAAAACUUAA